UACGAGUUUGCCUUGCCUCUAAUGAACUGGGACAGGUAAGUAUGCGUGUUUGGCAUGCUGUCCCGGGGCGAGGGCUCUGAGCUCGGUGAUCCCCCUCGAACUCUGAGCAUCUACAUGUUGAACGGGGAGAGGGCCCCUGGCUUUGAGGUGUGCCUGGACCUGAAUCAUACCCCCAAAAUGCAAUGGAUUCAGGACAGCUUGCAGGAGCGAGUAUGUCUGUUGCACAGAGGAAAGAAGAUAAGACAGGGUGGAGUAGGCACUACUGCGGUAGUGUGGAGUGUAGAUAGGCUCCUGGGGAGUGGCUCUACAUCGUAAGUGCAGUGUGGACGUUAGGGAAAGCUUGUGUGAACAUGGCGUCGAGCAUGCAGAUUGAAUAGUAGCCUUGCAGUGUAAAAACAUCUUGUUUAUGACCCCAGGGUGGUUGGUUUCCUGUGGUCUGUGCUGGGCUCUUUCAAUACCCUUGAUUAUCAAUGUCUGAGAGCUGGCUGUUGCUGGGGAAGGUGAGCCAUAGACGAAUUUGUGAAAUUUGUAUUUCCCUUGGGUACUCUUUAAUGGAGAUGGCUGGAGGUUUGAGAGGUGCUGUGGAGCUGAGGUACAGAGGCAUGGCUUGAUGGAAGGGGGGUCUGGAGAACAGUGGAGGAAGGGAGGUGGCUGCCGGGCGAGGUCAAAUGGAAGGUCUGGAGGGGGGGCAGCCAGGUAACAGGCGCAGCCUCAGGCUUGAAUUCAACGGAGGGGCAGCAGGCCCUGGGCAUGGCAUAGGAUCAAAAGAGGAGGAAGGGAAGCCCGGAUUAUGCUCAGUAAACAGCAUCUGAUGCUCAGAUGUGAAUGGGAAUGGCAUGCUAUGUAGAAAACGUAUGCUGCUGGAUGAUACAGACUGGUUUUAGUUAAACAGCAGUCACUUCCGGAAGUGUCAAUUAUGUUUACCAAUCUCCUGAAGCUUACGUUUGGCUCAAAUGACGUUCGCUGAACAGUACGGGCGCCGAUGAAGUGUGCCAGUGCUGGCAAGCGAUAGCUCACGCAUGAGUGCAGCAGUGGCAAUGUGAGGUAACAGAGGAUAAAGCUAAAUAUAUAUAUUUUCUUUCAAAGUAGAACGAUUUUACUCACCCAGUUUCUUGCGUAACAGCGGAUCAUGAGCUGGUCAUGAAGUAAUUUGAGAGACUGGUACUGGCCCACCUGAAGGACAUCACCAGACCCCUUCUUGAUCCCCUCCAGUUUGCUUACAGAGCAAACAGGUCUGUGGAUGAAGCAGUAAACAUGGGACUGCAUUACAUCCUACAAAACUUAGACAUACCAGGGACUUAUGUCAGGAUCCUGUUUCUAGACUUCAGCUUGGCCUUCAACACCUUUAUCCCGGACCUCAUUGUGCCCAAGACUACCAAACUCUCUAUGCCAACCUCUACCUGUCAGUGGAUUAUUAGUUUCCUGUCUAACAGGCAGCAGCUAGUGAGGUUGGGAAAAUUUUAAUCCAGCACAUGUACCAUCAGCACCGGAGCUCCUCAAGGAUGUGCUCUUUCUCCACUGCUAUUUUCAAUCUACACAAACGAAUGCACCUCUACAGACCCUUCUGUCAAACUCCUGAAGUUUGCAGAUGACUCCACAGUCAUUGGCCAUAUUAAAGACUGAUGAAUCUGCUUACAGAAAGGAGGUUGCUCAACUGGCUGCUUGGUGCAGUCUAAACAACCUGUGUAUUUCAGAAGGAACGCUCCAUCACUUCCUCUCCUCACCAUCCUGGACAGCACUGUGGAUACUCCAUCAUCUCUCAGGACCUGAAGUGGGAGUCCCACAUAGACUCCAUUGUAAAAAAAGGCCCAGCAGAGGUUAUACCUCCUCUGUCAUUUGAGAAAGUUCAACCAACCACAGGAGCUACUGACUCAAUUCUACUCAGUGGUCAUCGAAUCUGUUCUGUGGACUUCAAUAACUGUUUGGUAAGGCUCAGCCACCAAUCAUACCUAUGAAGACUACAACGGACAGUUUGUAGUGCUGAGAAGAUCAUUGUGCUCCUUUUCCCAUACAUCAGGACCUGUAUGAUUCCGGAGUGAAGACAGGGCAAAAAAAAAAUUCAUUGACUCCACACACCCCGCACACAAACUUUUUGAACUGUUGCCUUCUAUCCGCCUUCAGAGCUCCAUUCACCAGGACUUCCAGACACAGAAGCAGCUUCUCCCCCCAGGCAAACUCCCUCUUAAACAGAUAACCGCUCCUUAAGAAUAAUAUUUCACUUUCACUACUCCUAUAGUUUCCACUAGGAGAUGGAGAUGUUCACAAGUCUUUCAGCUAGAGUCUGAGUCAAGUCUGAAGUCUUUCAGCUAGAGUUGGUUUGGUGUAUCAGCUUUAUUCUAUAAAACCCUGGUGUGUUUGCAUUCAUCUUAUGUCCUCACGAACGUGCAUGAGACAUGAUAGUAAACCAAACACUCAAUACAAUAUACAAUUCAAUACAAUACAUUAUAUUGUGUUUUUUAUUCACUUGAUGCUAUAAUGCUAAGCGCAGAGUAAACAACACUUGGUCUUACUGUAUGUUCGCUUACAAAGAUUUCUGCUGCUAACAGUCUAUUUUUUAUCUGGAAACAAUGUAUUACCAGUAAUUUCCCGCUCUGAUUCCACUCGCAACCCGCAAAACAAUGCAGGCUCACUCUUGCUCAAAUCGAAGGUAAAUUUCCGACGCUAUCAUCUCUUACAUGUGUUUUAUUGAAGAAAAUACAUAGUAAUCGGCUAAAGCGCAUUCACAUGGUUAGGUACCCUGGUGCGCACCUUAGAUCGCAUGGCUGCUUUUACAUUUGAGAUUUUUCAUGCAAACUGUGCUCCGUUCCGAACUAAACUGCAAGCGUGAGAGGCACCUGAAAGUCAUCAAAGAGGUGGCUCACCCAAAAAUCAGCCUAGGGGCCCCUGACCACCUUAAUCCACCCCUGCACAUGGCGCAGACUUUUGGAACUUGUCAUUCUCUGCACUGAAAGCGAGCGUGCGCGUCAGUAGGAUGGAGAAAGAAUGUGCAGGAAAAAAGUGAAAGGGACUUUUUGACUGUUUAAAUGGUAAGAUCCUUUAUUGGUAACUAACCCCCUAUUCCCGUUUGUAAAAAUAAAUCAUUAUUGUUAAUUAUAAUAAUGAAAAGGAUAAAUUCCAGAGAUGUUACCGACCAUCAGGGCCAGAUAAAGAACACAUUGGGCCUUGGGGCUGUAGCAAACCCAUUCAUUUUGUUGUCCACGCCACGGUGUCUUCUGGAGUGUUUAUUACAUUUUAUUGCUAUUAUUAUUAUAUUUCCUUUUCUAAUUAUUGCAUCUAAUUUUCUACCGUUUGAAUUUCAUUUUAUAUUUAUUUUUUAUAUUUACUUUUUAUUUUAAGCCCAAGUUUGCAUACUUAACUUUCCAGGCUAUUAAAAAAUUAUAUCAGUCACCAAUAUUUUCCAAUAGCUUCUUGUUACUUUAUAGUCAACCACAUAUAUGAAUUGUCAAUCAAUUAUGUAAGGACAGCUCCCAUUUCCUCCAGCCAAUCAAAGGCCCCAUCCUUCCAUGGGAUGUAAUGCAGUCCCAUGUUUACUUAGCCCUUAUGUUAAUCCGGCCCUGUCGACCAUGUGUGAAACUCGCAUUUCUCCACCUUGGCGAAUAACACUUCUUGUGUAGCCGGAGUAACACUCGUCGGACGUGCUGGACACGGUCACGUUUGUUUGCUGAAAAAUUUGUAAUGUCGUCGGUGUAGCUGAAGACGAAGCGGUUGAUCAUGUGUCUGGAAAACGGCAAGGGCGUUCGAAGUAUUCAAAGAUCGCCUAUUAAAGGCGAUCUUCCAUUGGCCCGCCUCCCUAAUUCUGACUAGGUGAUAAGAAUCGCCUAGGUCUAACUUCGUAAAGAUGGUCGCCCCCUGCAGGAGCUCGAAGGCUGAAGACAUCAAGAGCAAUGGAUGACUAUUCUCAACCGUGAUGUCGUUCAGCCCCCGAUAAUCAAUAAAGGGGUGUAGGGAACCAUCAUUCUUCUCCACAAAACCCCCCCGCCCCAGCAGGAGAGGAAGAGGGGCAAAUACUGCUGGCUAACAAGGAAUCAGCAACAAAACUCUCCAACGCUUUCCUCUGGGGCCGGAGAGUGAAUAACUGCAUCCUUUAGGUGUAGAAGUACCAGGUAACAGAUCGAUGACACAGUCGUACAGUUGCUGCGGAAGGAGAGAUGAUGCUCGAGACUUACUGAAAACCGCUCCCAGGUCAUGAUAGACUGUGGGAAUGCCAGUGAGAAUAAUGGGGCAUCCUGUAACAGAGGGGCAGAGGUUAAAGGGGACAAGGCAGAAUAUUUUAAAUAUUACAAUCUAAAUAUUGAGGCGCUGUAGCAGGCUGUUGAUAAGAAGAAAUAAGUAUGUUAAAAAACACUCUCUGUGGGCAGAAAAAAAGGUUUAUAUAUUUAUGUUAGGAAAUUUACACAAUAUCUUAAUUGAACAUGAUCUUUACUUAAUCAUUUAGACUCCUAAAAUGUUUUGUUGGCUAUUGCUACAAAUGUACCUCUGCUGCUUAUAACUGGUUUUGUGGUCCAGGGUCAAAUAUGGUAAAUGGCACAGCAUCAGUAAUUCUAACAUAUUAAUAAUAAGGAUGUAUAUGUAAAUAGCCCAUAUAUAUGUUUUAUUAUGUAUAGAUUAUUUAAUUUAAAUAUUUGUAUUUAGUUCCCUUUAUUUGCCUAAUUGUAUGUAAAGCUCUAUUGUAACAAUAACAAUAUGUAAAUGGUAUGAAGCAAUAUAUGAAUUGAGCUGAGUUGAGUUGAACAGAACUUGCCAAACUCAGAAUUUGGCAAACUAGGGAUUGCUGCUUUACAGACUGUUUAAAGGGGUUUUAUUCAAGAUAUAAUCACUUACCAUUUUAGAAUCUUGCAAAUGAGAUUUGCUUACUGAAUAUAAUAAUGAUUUAAUGUUUAUUGACAGUGAGUUGAGAUACCCAGAUCAAUUGUUUCUUAUCUUAGUGAUGUAAAGUCCAUCUAAAAAAGAGCUUCCAUAGCUUCCGUAGAUUUAAGAUCUAGGACAUGCUCUGAAAUUCCUCAAUCUUGCUCUUGAAAUCUUUGGCAGAGAUGUUUUAAGACUUUAAUGCAAGGUAUAAUCACUGCUCGUAACUGUGGCUGGAUUUACAAUUAGUUUUAAUUAUUGAAUAUUAAUUGAAAGUAGAUUUUUCUAAAGAUAAAGUGAUUGGUGCUUGAGUCACUUACCCCGCCUUCUUGAUCCCUUUUAGGCUUCUCCCUCACCGGUUUCUAAUCACCUCAUCACCCUGUAGAUAUCCCCGCCACCUGUGGCUUGUUAGGUUUUCCUAUUUAGUACCUCUUGUCCUCUUUACUUGUGUUGGACCAUUUCAUUGUAAACCCUCUGAUCGCCUAGCUCUGCCGUUUCGGCCAUGUAUCUAGUGCUACAAGCAACCUUGUCCUGUCUAGUAAUAUCCUUAGUAAUUACCCUGUCUUUUAGAUAAACCGUUUGCCAGUGUUUUCCAUAGUUGUUCGGUCCUGUUUUAUCUCUCUGCAUCUCUCCAGUUGCCGUUGGCGUCCCGGCUUGCAUCACUGUCCACUGUCUGGCACCACGCGAUCCAUAGAGGUUUGUACCUCGUGCGAGGUCUCCUCAACCGAGGUUAUGAGCUGUCUUACGGCUGGGCAUUCGAACGGAUGCCAACCCACGAGACUUAUCAGGUUGAGCAUCUCUCCCGUGGUGGUUAACUACCUCUGCUGUGCUGCAUUCGUCUCUCCGGUGGGUCGAGUCUCUCCCCACAGAUUGUCCCAUUGCCGCCUUUCUGGUGGAAGUGAUUUAUCGACCUCUGCACUGUUACAUUUGUCUCUCUAGUGGGCCGAGCUUCUCCCCACUGGUAUUCAUGUUGCCACAUUUCCAGUGGAUUUGACUCUCUUGGACUUUAACAAACUGUGGUCUGUGUUUGUGCCUAAUGAAUCUCUGAGACUAUACGAACUGUGGUCUUUGUGUUUGAUUAAUGAAAUUCCUGUGUUUUCCUGCAAUUGAGUCUACUCGCGUUGUGUUACAGGAUGACAGGUGCUGUGGUGUUCUCAAUUUCAGAACCAUGCAGUUGCUAGAAUGUUUACCGGGUGGUUGCUAGGGCGUUGCUAUGUAUUUUUGUUUAUGUGUUCUUGCAGAGAGAAAAAUUGGCAUAAAAUACUAGGUGGGUAAAGUUUUAUCUAAUAGAAGUCACAGGAAAUACAUCGACUUUCUCUCACAAGCAAUACGCCAUCAAGCUUGUGCUGAAAGCGCUGUAUUGAUUAUAGAGUGACAUACAGUAAAUGCUGUGUUUUGCAAAGUUUCAGUUUAAGCUGUUGUGGUGUUCAUUCACAUGGUUUAAGGAUUAUUAUGCAGAGUAAUCCGAUGCAUUUUAAAUAAUUGCAAAAACGUCCCAGAUGCCAAUGCCAUAUAGAAAACCUGUUGUCAAUCCUCAAAAAGUGUGUGGAUAAGGAAUAGCACCAAAAUUGUCAGAAAGUUCUUAGAGCACUAAAAAGGCAAGAAUGGUUCACCAUCAGUCAGGGUUUGACCUAGAAACUAAUAGCCAGCAUGCCAGAGCGAAUUGCAGAGGUUAUGAAAAACAAGGCCCAUCACUGUAAAUAUUGUCUCUUUCCAUAUAUUAUGUUUUGCCAAUAAACGACAUUAAAACUUAAAAUAUGCUAACUCAAGAUAUGUGGAAAAUAGUAGAGAAGCAGCAAUCUUGGCAAAACGCAUAAUUUAUGUCACUGCCAAUACUUUUGACCAUGACUGUAUUCAGUAUAUAUUUAACUGAACUGCCUUUCUCCCAACAUCAACAUAGUCAUACAUUUUUUAUAAUGCAUUGUAAAUGUUUGAAAAUGACAGCAGUAUUGGUCGCAUUAGGUUUUUUGGAAAAGGUUUGGUGCUCUUUUCAAAGUGGGGCAGGUUUGGUGGUUGAUUGCCUAUAUGUGGAUUGGUGCCCUGGGGCCGCAGGGCAGGUCAAUGCGGCUGAAGGACACAGUGUCCCGGCUGUUGUGGUAUAAAAGCCUGAGCUAAUGAAUGGAUUGCUGGGUCUGGAGCAGGGAAUGAGGGAAUGAGGAGCUAGCUUCGCCAAGGCAAGAAGUUCAGACCACCUACAGGUGUUUUGGGGUGAGUUGCUCUCUGCAUGUUGGGAUGAGGGAAUUCAUGGCUUCAUAAAUGGCGGACGGAUAUGUAUCUUUGAUUGUUUUCUCUUUCUGUCAUUUUGUCUUGUUACUGGCUGUAGAUCUAUUCUGGCUGUACUAAUCAGCAGAUUCCCAUCAAAACUAUGUUGUUUUUUGAGUCAAGAAGAAACGUCUUGUCCGUAUGUUAUAUAAAAUUUCACUGUACGAGACUAAAUGCCAGGAGGUUUUUGAUGUUAUACAUUCUUUUUUGUAGGCCGUGUCUGCUGCAUUGAGAAUGGGUUCAGCUCGUUGUGGAAAAAAUCCACAUCCUAUAAUGUACUGUAACAUAGGGACUGGCAAUAACCAUCCGUUCUUGAUGUCUUGUAUAUUUAUGAUGACUAAAUUAUUUGUAAUUAUUCCGUUUAAUUCAUUUUAAAUGAAUUUAGAAUUCCCUGCAUAAAUGGACAACUCACUAUUUUUUUUUUUAAAUGGAUAGAAAACAAAAAAUCAGGGUGUCAGAGACAGUUUCAUCCUUUACAUUUCUAUUACAGUUACAGUAUUACAGAAAUAAUUGUGUUAAAGUUAGUGGCAUGAUCGGGUGUUUUUCAUCAUUGCUUUCAAGCAGUUUACAUCUACUUCAGAUACAUUAACACAAAUAUUCCAAUCAGCAUAUUAAUAGAUAUCAAUGGUUCCCAACCCUGGUUCUCGAGUCCACUGGUUCCCAGAAUGUUUUAGAUGUGUCCCUAUAUAGAACACCUGAUUCUACUCGUCAGUCCCCCUCCGAAUGUUGGUUAGUGUGUUAAUUAAUAUCCCUAAUCAACACACUAACCAGCUGAUGAUUUGAAUCAGGUGUUCUAUAUAUAGAGAGACAUCUAAACAUUCUGGAAAGGGGGGCCCCGGGACCACCACCGAUUUAUACCACAUUGAUUAAAUACUGAGAGUAAUUCACUUCUGACAUAUUCUGACACAUUCUGCAUCUAGACCGCUUCUGUUAACCGUUUUCUUCUUUCACUCAACCCCUAACCAUCCUUUCCACGGUAACAUCACACCACUGUCCCUGGUUUGGCCCACUUCAUCUCUAAAUGCUCAUGUGCUGUACAUGGCAGCGUGUACAGCAGCCGCAAAAGCUAUGGAGGACAGUGACCAUGAAGUUGACUCUGCAUCAGAUGACCAGGAAUCUUUCCCUUCAUCCCCCGUGUCCCCUGAACCCAGGGCUAAUGCAGAGGAAAAGCACCUCCCCAAAGAAGACUCUGAUUCAGAGCUGGAGCACAUCAUGGGACAUCAACCUCCCAGAGAUGAGCAUCAUAAGGGGUAUGGUGAGGGUCAUAGUAGACCCCACGCCCCGGGGACGCCUACUUUCCUGAGGCCCGCGGUGUCACCCAUUGGCCCGGGAGAGUUAGACCACGAGUCUAGAGCUGUGGCUCAGCGGGGCCGUGUGGAGUUUAACUUGCCAUCACCCAUCAGCCCCUCCAGGCCUAGAAGCCCCUGGGGUUGUUUUGACCCUUAUUUCGCUGAGGAUCAGGAUAAGGAGUAUGUGGGAUUUGCAACUCUGCCAAAUCAGGUUCACCGUAAAUCUGUGAAAAAGGGCUUUGACUUUACUUUAAUGGUAGCAGGAGAGUCGGGUUUAGGAAAAUCCACCCUGGUCAACAGUCUCUUUCUGACAGAUCUAUACAAAGACCGAAAACUGCUCAAUGCAGAGGAGAGAAUCACUCAGACAGUGGAGAUCACUAAACACACAGUGGACAUUGAGGAGAAGGGUGUCAAACUAAAGCUCACAAUCGUAGACACACCGGGAUUUGGAGACGCAGUCAAUAACACUGAGUGCUGGAAGUCAGUUGCGGACUACAUAGACCAGCAGUUUGAGCAGUACUUCAGAGAUGAGAGUGGACUAAACCGCAAAAACAUUCAGGAUAAUCGUGUACACUGCUGUCUGUACUUCAUUUCACCCUUCGGUCACGGUUUAAGGCCUCUCGAUGUGGAGUUUAUGAAAGCACUCCAUGAGAAGGUCAAUAUUGUGCCUGUGCUUUCUAAAGCCGACACGCUAACCCCCAACGAGGUCAAGAAGAAGAAAAUCAAGAUUCGAGAGGAGAUUGAGCAAUACGGAAUCAAGAUCUACCAAUUUCCAGAUUGUGAUUCAGACGAGGAUGAGGACUUCAAACAACAAGACCAAGAACUCAAGGACAGCAUUCCCUUUGCUGUGAUAGGCAGUAAUACAGUAGUGGAGGCCAAAGGCAAGAGGGUUCGAGGUCGACUGUAUCCCUGGGGAAUUGUAGAAGUGGAGAACCCAGCACACUGUGACUUUGUGAAGUUGAGGAACAUGUUGGUACGAACACACAUGCAGGAUCUGAAGGAUGUGACACGGGAAACCCACUAUGAGAACUACAGAGCCCAAUGCAUCCAGAGCAUGACACGCAUGGUGGUAAAGGAACGCAACCGCAACAGCAAACUAACCAGGGAGAGCGGCACAGAUUUCCCCAUUCCCCUGGUAACCGGCGUCGCUGACAACGAGACGGAGAAGCUCAUCCAAGAGAAAGAUGAGGAGUUGCGACGAAUGCAGGACAUGCUGCAGAAGAUCCAGGAGCAGAUGAAAACGCAGAAAGAGGCCUAUUAACACGGCAUCGCUUUGAUUUUGUGCCGUCUCCUUCACCAUACACACCAGGACAGCGUUGCCUGAUUCCUUAUCAUGAGUUGUCUCUUAACCCACCCAAACUGUUAGGAUAAACUUGACCAAGGAAGACUAUAUGGGUAAAUAAAAAAAAUGGGUCCAGGGCAUAUUUCAUCUUAAAGGAAAACAUUUAUGCUUUAUUUUUUUAAAUGACAUUUUGAAAUAUGACCUGAACAUGUUGAUUGUUUUUGUAAGUCAACCAACAUAAAUCUUUAUUUUUUAAGAGCAUUCUGAGAGAGUAUUAUUAUAUGUAAUGACGUCUUUAUUCUGUGAGGUGGUUUUGGUUUAUGGGGAAAGUAAAAAAGCCCUUUAACCAUUUUGCUUGAUUUUCCGAUAUUUGUUUGUAUAUAUACAUAUGUUUGUAUGUUUUUUUACAUAAUUGUUUAGGGAUAGGUUUUUUGUAAUUAUUUAAUAAUUCUACAACUUGUUACUGUAUUGUCUAAAAUGUUCAUUAAUCGUAUCCGUAACGUGUUUCUUUCUGUAUUUCUAUACAAAACUUCUACGUUUCUAAAUAAAAAAUAUUUUAUUUUC